GGCCGCGCACAGCAGUGUGGAGCUGUCGCGUGCUGUUUAUCUCCCCGAUAACUUCUCGGUGUCCUCCCCUCUUGGUGAGGGGAGGAAAGGAUCAUCUUUUGCUGCAUUCUAUCCGUUAUCCCGGUGAUAUACCGGGCAUUACAGGCGGAUAAUGCCGAACUUCUGUGCGGCCCCAAACUGCACCAGGAAAAGCACCCAGUCAGAUCUGGCAUUCUUCAGGUUCCCGCGGGAGCCCGGCAGAUGUCAGAAGUGGGUGGAGAACUGUCGUCGAUCUGAUUUGGAGGAUAAAACACCUGACCAGCUGAACAAGCACUACCGAUUAUGUGCGCAACAUUUUGAGGAUUCGAUGAUCUGUCGAAGUAGCCCUUAUAGGACUGUUCUUAGAGAAAAUGCAGUUCCAACUAUAUUUGACCUCACAAGUCACCUGUCUAACCCCGGAAGGCGCAGGAAGAGAAUUAAAGAAUUGACUGAAGAAGAAAUAAAAACAUUGAAGGAAAGAAAACUUGAUGCUGUGGUUCCAGAUCAAGCAAACCAUACAACUAGUAAUAAUGAUGUCCAAGUACAAACGGUUGUGGUGGAAUUUGUAGAAGAAACAACACCUUUAACACAAGAGGAGAAGGAAAAUAAAGAUUACUUGAAGUCUUUGUUUGACAUUUUGAUUCUCAUGGGCAAGCAAAACAUACCCUUGGAAGGUGAUAUAUGUGAACUACCUAAAGGUUUGUUUUCCCCUGAUAAUUUCCAAGCUCUGCUUGAAUAUAGGAUAAAUUCAGGAGAUGAAAUCUUGAGGAAACGAUUUGAGAUGACUGCGGUGAAUUUGGAAUAUUGUUCUAGAGUCCAACAAAAACAAAUGCUAGACGUUUGUGAGAGCUGCAUAAGAGAAGAAGUGUUGCGUGAGGUUCGUGAUGCUCGCUUUUUCUCUCUAAUUAUAGAGGAUGCUGUUGAUAUUUCUGGAGGAGCUCAUUCACCUGUUUUCACUAGGUUUAUUGAUGAAGCAAAUAAUCUCAGAGAAGAGUUUAUAGGCUUUCUGCCAUGUGAAACGGAGGCAGAAAUCUUGGCUUUAAAUUUUCACACUACAAUCACAGAAAAAUGGGGGUUAAAUAUGGAAUACUGUCGUGGACAGGCGUAUGUCGCUUCCAGUCAACUCUUUUCCAAGAUGAAGAUUGUAGCUUCACGACUGAUUGAAAAAUACCCACACGCUACCUAUACUCUGUGUUCUGCAUGCUCCUUAAAUAUAUGGCUUGCCAAAUCAACUCCUGUUACUGGCGUUUCUGUUAUUCUUGGUGCUCUAGAAGAUGUUGAUUCCUUUUUUAAGGAAUAUCCACAGUUACGUGUGGAGUUAGAAAAUACCAUUACUCUUCUUUAUAAAGAUAAUGAGGAAAGAUGUGCUUUUCUAAAGGAAAUGAUCAAAUCUGAUUGGGUAAGCCGACAUGAUACUUUUGAAAUUAUUGUGAGCCUCCUUGAGUCAUUUGUUCUUUGUCUUGACAAAAUAGUUUGUGAUACCACUUUUAAAUGUAAUACCAAGAUUACUAGUCGUGCGUUCAUCCUCUCAAGUGCCUUAAGUGAUUUUGAUUUUAUAAUUACUGUUGUGAUAUUGAAAAAUGCCCUCUCGUUUACUAGAGCUUUUGGAAAAAAUUUACAAGGACAGACAUUGGAUGUUUUUUCUGCAGCCAACAGUUUGACAGCAGUGUUACAUGCUUUAAAUGAGGUAAUGGAAAACAUUGAAGUUUAUCAUGAGUUUUGGUUUGAGGAAGCAGUGAAUCUAGCUACCAAACUUGAUGUUCAAGUUAAGCUUCCAGGCAGAUUUCGUAGAAUGCAGCACACCAAUCUGCAACCAGAUUUUACCACUGAAAACUUUUAUAAAGAAGCUCUUAGUAUACCCACAAUUCAACAUAUAAUUCAAGGACUAAAAGAUGUAUUUUCCGAGCAGCACUUAAAAGCUCUCCGAUGCUUAUCGCUGGUUCCAUCAGUGAUGGGACAGCUAAAAUUCAGUACUAGCGAAGAACAUAAUACUGACAUGUACAAAUGUGAUCUUCCUAAUCCAGAUACACUUUCUGCAGAACUUCAUUGUUGGCGGGUCAAAUGGAAACAUCGAGGGAAGGAUGUAGAUCUUCCAUCAAACAUUUAUGAGUCUCUCCAUUUGUCUGAUAUAAAGUUCUUUCCCAAUGUUUAUGCACUCCUAAAAGUUUUGUGUAUUUUGCCUGUGAUUAAAGUUGAAAAUGAGAAAUAUGAAAUUGGCCGAAAACGCUUAAAGGCUUACCUGGACAAUACACCAAAAGUAUGGAGGUCAAGCCAGCUGGCACUGCUAAACAUUAAUUAUGAUGCAAAGCAUGAUUUGGACUUAAUGGUGGACACCUAUAUUAAUAUGUAUGCAGACAAGGGUGAACUUCAAGAAGUUGUUCCAAAUUCAGAAAUAUCUGAAGAAAGUUAAAUGUUUUUAACACUGCACAUUUCAUAUUAAUUUGUAUGAAGAGAAUUAUUUACAUUGGAUAUAUAUUUUUUUAAAAUGAAGCCUUAACAAAUAAGCCAUUUCAGCACAAUAAUUUAAAAAAAGUCAAACAUGGAUGUCUAAUGUGCAAAUUUCCUAUAUUGCAAUAAGUUCUUUUAAAGGACUUUUGAAUUUAAAGGGACAUUGUAGGCAUUUAAUUCCCACCAUGCAUAGAACAGAAAUCAAAUGCUUUUAAAUAUUUUUUGUUUUUGAGAGGAAAAAAAAGCAAAAAUUGUUUGCAAGUCAAACUGGCAGGAAAUUUAUGUUUGUGCAUAAAUAAUACCUAGGUAUCAAUUGGACAUUGGCUAAUGAGGGACAACUUCCAUAGCUAGUUUUCUUUCAGUGCCAAAACAUCUAUUGUUCAUGUAAUAAAAACCAGUAAUACCUUUUUGAAAUGGAGCAAAGAGAAAAUAAGUACAAUAUCCCUUUAACCUUUUCCCAACGUUAGGACGUUCCGUGCCGUCUUAACUGCGCUGGGCUUUAGCGCCAUUAGGAUGACCUGGAACGUCCUAGCCGUUUGGCUCUAUUGAAGCCAUCGGCACUUACUGAAUGGGAUCAGAUCAUGGUGGGCGUGCCUAGUGUUGUAGGCUAGCCCCCUGACCCGAUCCCAUCAUUGAAAUCUCGCAAUGACAUGAUCGCGUGAUUUCAGUUUGUUUACAUCGGAACGUUGUACCCGAUGUAGACCAAUUUAACCUGGCAUGAAAGGGUUAAUUUCCAUAGUUUUUUGAGAAUAGUUUUGUAAUUAGGUUUGACGUUUAAGGUUUUUAAAACUUCAUGUGAAUAUUUAAAAUAUACAACGUGGAAAUCUUUGAGUUUUACUUUUAACAGAUUUCUUUUCCCUGUUAACCCAAUUGUUUGAGAACAGUGUUUUCUAUUGUCAUAUUUUGUUCCGACAGCUAGUUAAUUAAUCUGUUCAGUGCAUUAUUGUCUCAUUAUGACAUCCCUUUAAUUUGCUGUGCUAAGUCACAACUUGCAAAAGAUGUACAAAUUGUUUUCUGAUUUGUAAUUUUAUACUAAAAUAUAUGCUUUUUUUUUUUUUUUUUUGUAACUUAAAAAAUAAAGUAUGCAUUUUCUA